AUGGCUACUGCCCUGAUGUCAUAUGCCAACAAGCGAUCGAGGCUGGUCGCCGCCCUCGUCUUCGCCGUUUUUGUCUUAUUCUUCCUUUUCAGGAUUGGAGGGUCAGAUGGAGGCUUUUAUGGCCCAACGAAACCGAAGGUGGUGGAGGAGCCACAGUCGCCGCCCGCCUACAGUGGCCCGCGAGUCGAGCUGUUCGGUCUAAAGGAUUUUGGUGCAGAAGUCGAGAUCGCGACCCUGAAUAUCAGAGUCAAGGAGCAGCAGCAACAGCAACAGCACCAAAGUGACGGCACCACUGCGAACAGCAAGUCCGCCCACGGUAAAACUGCCCCCGCAAAGAGCCCUCAGGACGAACAGGCUCGCCCCUCCAAUUCGCGACGGCAGGGCUACGGCAUCUUCUCGCCAUCUCCACUUCAGCAGCAGCUUCCCAUCGCCCUGCCCAAGUUCACAACCCACCGCGUCGAUACCCCGGAUUUUAAUGUGACCGACCUCGACAAGCCCGUCCCUGGGACACCACCCGCCAGCACAACCAUCACCAUCCCGCCCAAGAAGAAGACACCUGAUGCCUCUAGGAUCACCUUUGGCGUGGCCACUCUCCUUAGCCGCAUGCCUGAUGCCCUGCAGAACUUCAAGCACUGGGCAGCCCACACCAAUGCCCGCUUCGUUGUGGUGCACGAGCCUCAGGACACUGAAGCUCGCCCAGGAGAGCUCUCCCCAGAUGAAAUCAAGACGAUGUAUCGCGACGCAGGGAUCAACCACCUCUUCCUGGUGGAGUCGGACAAGGGUUGGGGUGAGAGAUACCUGUCUCUCCUGAGCUGGCUAAGCACCACGGUCGAGAAGCAGACGGACUGGGUCGCGCUGAUCGAUGACGACACCUUCUUCUUCGACAUGAACACACUGAUGGGCAUGCUGAAGAAGUACCACCCCUCCGAGCCGUGGUACGUGGGGAGGCUGUCGGAGAACAAGUGGAACAUCAACAACGGCGGCUUCUUUGCUAUCGGCGGCGCCGGCGUGUUCAUGUCACGGCCGCUGAUCGAGACGCUGGGCCCGCACGCCGAGUCGUGCUGGGAGGACAGGCAGGACGGCGCGACGGGCGCGGACUGGAUCGUGGGCGACUGCGUGUACCGGCAUACAACGACCAAGCUGUCGAUCGAGCACGGCCUGUUCCAGCUCGACCUACACGUGGACGUGACGGGCUUCUAUGAGGCUGUCCGGCGCCAGCCCAUCAGCGUACACCACUGGAAGAGCUGGCACCACCACGACCUGCCGACCGUCGCGUCGGUCUCCGAGGUCUGCGGGAAGCCAUGCGUGCUACAGAACUACCGGUUCCAGGACGGCUGGCAGAUGUCCAACGGGUUCAGCAUUGUCAAGUACAGCUAUAACGAGACGGAGCUUGCGGCGCAGCACCCCGAGGCCAUGGAGCACACCUGGAAGAAAACCAUCUGGGACAUCGAGGACAGCUGGACCCACAGCCUCGACCCGCUGAAGCCCAAGGACCAGGGCAAGGUGCAGUUCCUCGUGGAGAAGAGCGUGCGGGACGAGGCCGCCAGGACGACUACGAUGUAUUACGUGCGGCGGGACGAGGGUAUUGGGAAUGGCCUUAUCAGGGUGGUAUGGCAGGAAUCUUCAUGA